UCUUGAUAUAUCUGUCAAAGGAUCAUCUGAUUUUCUGGAGUUUGUCAGUGGUGGGAAAGUGAUAUUUGGGUCUGUUCCACUGGCCCAUAGGUAUGGGGGUCACCAGGCGUGGUGAGAGGUGGGAACUGCAGUUAAAAGGGUCAGGAAAGACCCCAUACUCCAGGAAUGGUGAUGGAAGAGCUGUGCUUCGCUCUUCUGUUCGAGAGUUUUUAUGUAGUGAGGCCAUGCACUAUCUUGGAAUUCCUACAAGCAGAGCUGCUAGCCUAGUUGUAAGUGACGAUGAUGUGUGGAGAGACCAGUUUUACAACGGAAAUAUUAAGAAAGAAAGAGGUGCAAUAGUGCUACGACUUGCCAAAUCAUGGUUUCGUAUAGGAUCCUUGGAAAUCUUAGCUCACUCAGGGGAACUGGACUUACUAAGAAGAUUGCUGGACUUUAUCAUCCAGGAACAUUUUCCAUCGAUAGCUAUGAAUGAUUCAAAUAGAUACCUGGAAUUUUUCUCUACAGUCAUGUCAGAGACUGCAAAUCUCAUUUCCUUGUGGAUGUCUGUGGGGUUUGCACAUGGUGUGUGCAAUACAGAUAACUUCAGUUUGUUGUCCAUAACAAUAGAUUAUGGUCCAUUUGGAUUUAUGGAGUCCUAUGAUCCAAAAACUAAUAUUUUGUUUGAAACAGAUUUUGUUCCAAACACAUCCGAUGAUGAAAGGAGGUAUAAAAUAGGAAAUCAGGCAAGUGUUGGGCUGUUUAAUCUGAGCAAGCUGUUACAAGCUCUAAAACCUUUAUUGGAUCCCAGGCAAAAGCAGCUAGCUUCCCAAAUUUUGGAGGGGUAUGGUGAGCACUAUUACAGUCGUUUCACAGAACUAUUCAAAACAAAAUUGGGUCUUCUUGGGGAGAAGGAGAAUGAUAACUACUUGAUUGCUUUCCUCUUAAAAAUUAUGGAAGAUACAAAGGCUGAUUUUACAAUGACAUUCCGAGAGCUGAGUGAAAUUACUGCAGACCAGUUAAAGGAGCUCCAUAUUCCUGAGGAGUUCUGGGCUCUCCAGGAUCUAGGUAAACACAAAUUAUUUUCAGAAUGGGUCACUAUGUACCUCCUGAGAUUAAAAAGUAACAACAAUGACUCAGAUGCCAAAAGAAGAACAAGAAUGGCAACAUUUCAUGUUGAAGACAAAACUGUCAUGGCUCUUCAGAUUCUCAGCUGUGUUGGGAAGUUCCAAUAAACUGUGUGCUGCUGUUUUUGACUGACCUUGAAUAUAUUGGCAUUAACACCUCAUUAUUCCUCACCCUUCCCUAAUUGUUAGUAAGUGUCAUAAAAAAAUCUCACUUCUCAAAGUACAUUAACUUGAAUCAUUUGAAGUCAUCACUUAUUCAUUAUUUUUAUUUUAUUCUCCCUUUAUGUAGUUUUCAGUUCUUAGUAGCGCUUUAUCUUGCACCACCUAAACUUAGUUCUUCUGGAGUUGAUCAAAAAGUUUUGACAAUCCAAGUCUAAAAUUGUAUUUCCUUACAAAAGAAGCAUGUAAAAAAAGUAGACCAGAUCAUACUUAUAAGGGCACGAAAGUGCUUUUGCUUUGCCCUUUUCUUACCUGGCUUGUAUUACUCUUUCAUAAUUAUCUUGUCACUUGUGUUAAAUACCAGUAUUUUUAAAACCACUGUGAAGCGUGUCAAUUUGCAAUUGUUAAGAAUUUAUUUCUGGGACAAAUAUUCUCCUGAUAAAAUGACUCACAGCUGUAAUGUGAAUUACCAUUUUUUGAAUGAGUCAUAUCUUAACUUUUUCACCUUUAAAAAUAUUUUUAAAAAUAGUUAUCACACCUUACUAUUGAUAAGCCAUUUACUGGAUUAAAUCAAACACUUGGCCAGUGCAAAUUGUUUUGCCAAGUGGUAAAACACUGGUUUUUAGCAGUUAGGGCAGAGUGUUGUUAUGCCUGUGUAGAGGUUGUCAGGAUUCCCAGUAGACAGUUGUAUUUACUGGCUUUUUUAAUAUGUCUAAGUACAUACUGGACAGUGGGGAUGUGAAAAAGAAGAAUGUCUGCAGCCCCUUCUAAUGUAUUAUUUGUAAAUAAAAUAAUUUAAUAACUAAUUGAUAAAAGGAAUUGAGUAGAGGAUAGUUUGAGAUGGUAAUUUUGAUGAUUCCUCUGCUUUUUCUAAUACCCUCUUUCAAAUAUGCUGUAAGGGUAUUUAUAAGAAUAUUUUAUAAAUCUCUGUGGAUUUUUAAAAAGAAAUAUAUAAAACUAACAUUUAUUCAUAUCUAAAACUAACAUUUUUUCAUAUAAAACCUGCUGGGACAUCAGUGGAAAGAGAAGGAGAUGAAGUUUGUGUAUGUCCAUAAAUCUCAGACUUUUGGUUUCAAGUGCCUGGAUGAAACACCUUUGGUAUCACUAACUAAUACCUUAAUGUAAUAAAUGCUUACCGAAUUGGGAAAAAUAUACAGACCAAUGGCAAAUUAAGACUUCAAAGCAGGCUUGAAGUGUUACAAUUAUUCUGUAAUGUUGUUUUGAACAUUAGGUAACGGGAAAACUUACUGAAGUAGAAUUCUAGGCUUUAAUUGCAGAACAAAAAUAAAAAUUUCAUUGACAUAAUCUGCUAAGAAGUUGAUAAUUAGAGCCACUUGUGCUGAUAAGAAUUGUCCCUGGCAUACAGUUUGACAAAAUUCCUUUUACAAGUAAUUAGUAGCUCUGCUGUAGGAUAUAUCCUGGUCUACUAAUUCAGCAAUUUCAUCUUCCAGUUUAGCUAAAUUCUCUCUACUGCUCGUUAGACAAAAGCAGCCUGAAACAAGGCAGGGAAACAGUGCAGUUGUCAUGAGGGUUUCCAAAAACAUACAACAGACAGCUGUGGAAAAAUCUGAGGAGCUUCUGUCUACCCCCAGCCAGGAGACUAAAAGGAAAGUUGAAAAAGUAGUUUCUAAAAUACACAGCUGAAAUGUAACAUUAAAGACUUUUAUGACUAAACUUCUGUUACAUGACAUUGAAGGAGUAUCUAAGUGCAUAUACUUUAAAAUAUAUCUUAGUAAUUUCUUUUUAAAUUAAAAAAUACAGUAUUAAUUUUUGUGAUUUCCAGAAAGGUUGAACAUUGAAAUGUUUUCCAUCAACACAGCAGGAACCUAGGCCAUGAUAAACUCAUCAAACUUGAAAAGCCUGCAGGUGUUCCUGACAGGAAUCCUUCCCGUAUCAAUGUCAUGUUCUGGGCUACUCUAAUUUCUGCUUGGCACUUUGGCACUACUGAUACUGCAAGUUUUAAAAUCCUUUUAGCAACUCAUAGAAUUAAGUAGAUUGAUUAAUUCCUUUUCCAUUUUAUGUGUUUUUUUCUUGAUCUGCAAAUUUAAAUUUUCUUGAAGAUUUCGGUGACAUGUUUCAAUGACUGUUUCCAUUUUGUUGAAUAUGUCUAACUAAAUUUAACAUUAUUUGCUCUUGG